GUAAGGGGCGGGGGAUAGGAGGAGGGGAAAGUGACAGCCACAGUUAUUGAACCUCUGUGACUUGCCACACACCGUGCUAAGCAUUUUAACCACAUGAUCUCAUCCAGUACUCAUCCUGUGAGGUAGCAACUAGGAUUAUUCCCUUUUCACCGGGAGCUUUGUAAAUCAUAAAGGUCUAUAGUCAUGUUGGGGAUUCUUAUUCAUACUGACUGAGGGGAAGUUGGGGCAGACUGUCCUCAGGGGACCCGUCUAGAAGGAGAAAUGUAUAGAGGGGUCCAGGAAACAGGGUGUGCACUUGGAGGAGAAAGAAGCAUUGAAAGAAGAUUCUUCUCUCAAGCUUACCUUCUCCAGGGAAACCGUUUGGGGGAUUUACUUUUUUGGGGGGAAGGGGGACCGGGGGAGGUUUCUCUAAGUAGGUGAAGGGGCAGCUGGCCCCUUGCUAGAGCUUGAGGAAGAAGUCUGGAGGAGCUCAGCUGGCCAUCUGGAGAGUGAAGGAGCGGGCAGAUAGUCAAGUCCGAGGCGAGCCCACCCUGAGAACGUACAGGGUCCACACGGGGUGUCUCGGGGGAUAGACAACAUUUACGGACGGUAGCUAAGUCAACAAAAAGAGCACGGAGAUGACUAAACACAGGGUCUGGGGCUAGUGGAAGGGGGCUGGACACCAAGGAAGUCAGAUGGACAGGGGCAGCUGGGCUGCCCUCUUGCCCUAUACAUAGAUAUUCCCAAGGAAAUCUCAGUGGAGCCAGGCCAGGCUAAAUAAGGCCUCCCCCAGCCAGGCACAGGGCCGAGGGGCCAUGCUCCCCAGGGGAUGCCAAUUUGGAUACAAACAUUGGAACCACUUAAUCCCUUUGGAACAGAGAGUGUGGAACUUGCAGCAAUCCUUUGUUCAUUAAUUUGUUCUUUCAUUUAUUCAGGGAAAUAGAUAAGGUCCAAACUCAGUGUGGCCAAAAGCAAGGUCCCACUCACCCUUCCAUUCUCAUCCCCUUUCCUCUCCCACCUUGCAUGCUGCUCUUCUCUGUUCAGACUAAAAUAAAGCUCCAAACACCACCCUUUAAAGUUCCCGGGCCCUUGCACAUGCUGGGUUUUUUUCUGCCAGAAACUCCCAUCUUCCCCUUGUUCACCUGCCUACUUCCCUACCCUCUUUCUCGGCUUUAACAAUACUUCCUCAAGGAUCCUUCCUCCCCUGUACCCAGGCCAAAGGAGUCCAACGUGGUCUCCAGUAUUUUCCUCAGUCAUAGCACUGAACAUGCCAUGGGAUCACGACCUGUUCUAAGUUCCACGGACCAGAGACUCUUACCUGCCUGCCAGUGCAUUCCCCAGCACCCAGCACUUGGCACUUAGCAAGUGUUCAAAAAAUUAUAUGAUCUUUGGAAGAAUAAGUGAACACAAUGACAUCCGGUUCAGUAUAAGGAGGACCUUUCUAACAGUGGUGGUUGAAUAAUAACGGGACCGGGCAGCCUCAGAAGGUAAUGAGCCUCCUGUUACUGAAUGCAUGCAAACAGGAGUUUGAUGACCACCUCUCAGGUAGGCUGUGGGGAGAGAUCCAUACAGAGCCUAAGAGUAGUGGAGAAUACAAGACCUCAAAAGAUCUCCUAGUUCUGGCCCUGUGUGUAUGGCCCAGGGUAACUUUCCUUCACUGAGCUUCAGACUACCCAUCUGUAAAAUGGAGGUGCUAGACCAGAUUUCGGAGCAACCCUCCUCCGACCCUCAUGGCUCUGACAACCCAUGGUUUUGUGAACACCUGCUUUGUACCCAGACUUGUGAGGCAUUUGCCAAAGUACAGGUUAAGAUUCAGCCAAUGUUUGGUGAAUGCGUGAGUGCUGAAUGAAUGAACAAAUGAGGUGUGUCUUUGUUGCCCCAACACCCUGCUGAGAAGCUGAAGGAAGAGUCAUUAAAGCUUUGAGAUUACACAGACUUGGCCUUAAAUCCCAGCUCCCCUAUUUCCUAGCUGUGGAUUUUGGGAAAGUCUAUUUGCCUCAGUUUCUUCAUCUUGAAAAUGGACCAUUCUUGUCCACUAACAGCCUCCUCCCCAGGAUGUUGUGAGGGUGAGAUGUGACCCCUUGUAAAGUGCCUAGAACAGGAUGGAGGAUACAGUGGAACUUCAAGAAAUGAGAGCCCUGCCCCUUCUGCACAGAGGGAGGGCAGGGAGUCUGUGUUCCAUUCAAAGCUAUUCCCACACCGCUCUCUCCUGUGCCAUUUAAAAAGGGGACGAGCUAACCAUCAGAGAGAUUUUACUUGUUUGAUUGUAUAACUAGCAAUAUCUGCCCUGCUAGGGACUGAUAGCUAGGCCUUUUGACGGGAAGGGACAAUAAAUUCUUGACCUACUGCUGCCCUCUGGAUAAAAAAUAAAAACACAGCUCACUAGGGGAGUUGCUGAGAUUAGCAGGCCUGCAGCGUGAGAAAAGAACAGGAUGUGGAACUCAGGAGACCUGGGCUGCAGGGCCCUACAUUCAGAAACCUCUGGCAAGCUGUAUGACUUGGGGAAAGUAACUCAGCCUCUCUGGGUCUCAGUUUUCCCCGUUUGCCUAUGUCCCAUGUGUGAGGCAGGCUCAAAUGAGAUUGUAAAAGCUUGUGAACACUGUAGAAACAAUAAUCAUUGUGUAACAUUAUCCUCUUAGUCCCUCCUCUGUGCAAAAUUCGUACUUAAAUUAGUUUUAAUUGUUCCUGUUUUACAAAUGAGAAAACCUAGGCUAUCGAGGUCAGAGAUCAGAUUUCAUCCCAGAUCACUCGGCUUCGGUUUCCUCGCAGGUGAGAUGGGCUGCCUACUGCCGCGUAAUGACUUUGGAAAGUUAGAGUGCUGGAUAUAAAUUAGGGGAUAGAUUGGGGCCAGCCUGGGUCUCCGGAGAGUUGGGAGGAUUCAAGGAGGGUGUAGGCCCCUCCGCAUUGGGGACGAUCGCUUAGGGGGCUUGCCCAGGCCUACCCAGGAUUCCCAAAUCCCCCAUGGAGCGAAGGGCCCGGGACUCCAGGGCGGCUCAGGGAGCAGGCGGGGCCGGAGGCGGGGCGGCGGCAGGAAGGGGCCGGAGCGGCCUGGGCCCGGCGGAACCCGGCGGAGUCCGGUUGCCCUCGGCCAGGCACCGCGGGCUGCACGAGAACCCCGGGGAGCGGGGCGCCCCAGACUGCACCUCGAGGCGCAGGAGGCCGACCCGCGCCAGGGGGCGAAAGGCGCCGGGAGAGUCGCGGGACGCUCCACAGGCAAGGGCGGGGCCUCCGCGGCGCCCCUCCCUCCCCCAAUCCCGGCCCCGCCCCGCCCCCGCCCCGCGCGGGGCUGGGGUCCGCCUCCCUCCCCAACCCGAGACCCAGCGUCGCGAGCUCCCCCCGGGGUGCCAUGGCCUCGCGGCUCCUGCACCGGCUGCGGCACGCCCUGACCGGCGACGGCCCCGGGGAGGCAGCGGCCGGCCCCGAGGCCGAGCAGUUCCCGGAGAGCUCGGAACUGGAGGACGACGACGCCGAGGGCCUGUCGUCCCGCCUCAGCGGCACCCUGAGCUUCACCAGUGCCGAGGACGACGAGGACCAGGACGACGAGGACGACGAGGAGGCUGACCCCGACCCGCUGCCCGAUGGGGACCGGGCGGCGGGAGAAGACGCAGGUCCAUCCUGUGCUCAUGCAGAACGGAGUCCCCCAACUGAUGGGCAGCAGGGCAGUCAGCUCCUGACACGGCAGUUGCAAGAUUUCUGGAAGAAGUCCCGGAACACCCUGGUACCCCAGCGGCUGCUCUUUGAGGUGACCAGCGCCAACGUGGUCAAAGACCCGCCCUCCAAGUACGUGCCUUGGGCCUGGGUCAUUUCAGAUGAGCCUCAGCUCUACACCCUCGCCGUGAUGGGCCCAGGGCCACCGGGUCGCCAGCCAGCCCAGAUCUCCCGCCGAUACUCGGACUUUGAGCGGUUGCACCGAAACCUGCAGCGGCAGUUCCGGGGCCCCAUGGCUGCCAUCUCCUUCCCCCGCAAGCGCCUGCGCCGGAACUUUACCGCAGAGACCAUCGCCCGCCGCAGCCGGGCCUUCGAGCAGUUUUUGGGCCACCUCCAGGCAGUCCCUGAGCUGCGCCAGGCCCCGGACCUGCAGGACUUCUUUGUGCUGCCGGAGCUGCGGCGGGCGCAGAGCCUCACCUGCACAGGCCUCUACCGCGAGGCCUUGGCGCUUUGGGCCAAUGCCUGGCAGCUGCAGGCCCAGCUGGGUGUCUCCUCAGGGCCAGACCGCCCUCUGCUGACCCUGGCGGGGCUGGCUGUGUGCCACCAGGAGCUGGAGGACCCUGGGGAGGCCCGAGCAUGUUGUGAGAAGGCCCUACAGCUGCUGGGGGACAAGAGCCCUCACUCUUUUCUGGCACCCUUUCUGGAGGCCCACGUGCGGCUCUCCUGGCACCUGGGCCUGGACAAACACCAAUCAGAGGCCCAGCUCCAGGCCCUGCAAGAGGCAGGCCUGACGCCCACGCCACCCCCCAGUCUCAAAGAACUACUCAUCAAGGAGGUGCUGGACUAACCACACCUAGACUUAAGGCCACUGUGGGGAGAGGCACUGCCCCAGGAUGGGAAGUGGGGUAGGGGCGGAUGAGGACAGGAUCAGCAGUUGGGAGGUGACCAGGGGUGCUGGGAACCCCUAGAAGUUCCACAAAGGAUUUGUAGCAGACUGAAGAAAUGUGCUUCUGCUGAGCUGGGCUCAGGACAAGCUUUGGCUAGGAUGGUGCAGGGAGAAAGUCUGGUGCAGCCUCUCCAGCUUAUGAAUAUCUGGGGGCUGUGCCCCAGGUCAGGGUCAAUGGUCCCUUUUCGUUGGGCCUCCAAGCCAGCCUGGCUAAGGGCCAGGGACUCUGGCCCAGGAGUCCUGGGGUUGAUGGCUGGAGGGAGGGCUGCAGUUCCGGCCCAGGGGGAUUAAAGGCCAGCAGCUCCA